AUGAGUGUGGGUGACACCGCGGAGGACUGGGAAGUCCUGACGGGGGUGGACGACUCCGAAGCAGGCACUGAGCCACCCCGGAGCCCCGGUCCUUCCCUCCUAGAUCUAGGCGAGGACGGCCCUCAGGAGGCGCUGCCGAGGCUCUGCCCCCCCCUGAGUCCCGACCAGGGUCUCCUGGUCGAGGUGGUGACGCCGCAGGGCUGGGAGGGGGACGUGAAGGAGGCGGCCGACCCCGCAGACCUGGCACAGAAGGACCUGACGGCCAGCUUCGUGCAGGUGACGACGCCCCCCUGCGCCGCCCAGGCCCCCCGCUCCGGCGCGACCCCGGACGCCUUUGAGGCCAGGGACAGGUGCGAGCGAGGGGAGGACGACGCGGAGCUGACCGACCGCCCCCUGCGCGUCCUGCGCGCGGAGGAGGUGGCCUCCCUCCACGCCUCCAUCGACCGGGCCGAGAAGAGGGCCCUCGCCACCGAGAAGCAGCUGGCCAGCGCCCGGGAUCGGCUGCGGCGCCGGGACCUGCAGCUCCAGUGCGAGUCUUUCGAUGCCUGGAGGUUGAGGCGCGUGGCGCUGCUCGCCUUCUCGACGCUAGCAUUCCUGGGCCUGCGCUCCGUGCUGACGCACGAGGCGGUGGUGCGCACCUCCAUCGCGCCCCGUCAGCCCACCAGGUCCAUGGACACCCUGUUCUGA